AGAUAACUGUUACGUCGAGAACUUUCUAAAAGUAAGGACUCUUAACACAUUUGACGAAGCUAUGCCGAUGGCACCAGGUUGUGACUUGAAGCUUGCGUUUCGCUCUGCACAUGCAUCGGUGACAUUACAUCAGUGUCUCAAGCAAUCUUGUUUGGCAAAGGAAACAAACGUCAUAAUGUAUAAUCAAUACAAAAAUAGAUGUGAACUUUUUGAAUGUUUACCCAACUCUGAUGGAACGGACUGGAAUUACAAUUGGAAGUCACGAGCUCCGAAUGUGAAUGAUUCGAUGGGUAUAACAUAUGCCCGACCGCACUCCUAUUCUCCAAGGUGUCAUAACUCGUAUUUCAUGAGAAGAACGUGGGAGACUAAGAAAGCUGUAAAAUCCUCCUGCUCUAUCGUUGGUAAUUUAAAAGUGCAAAACUUAUAUGAUUGUAUGGUAAAAUCUUGUGAAAACAAUGCAAAUGUCUUUAAUAUCAUUUCUCAUGAAAGCAACGAGUUUGAUUGUGAAAUGAAAUAUUGUAACUGGCAUGCUCCUAAUGACGAUUAUCAGCUCAGCUUAUCUGUUGUCGAAGACAAUAAUGCUAACUGUCGUUCUUACAGCCUUGGACAUACAUUCAAAACGAAGCUUAUUCUUAACAAAACUCUUUCAUCUGCAUUAUCAUUACCGUCGAGACCUACUCCCGAGAAAUGUGACGAAAUAGAUAGUUACUUUUCAAGUACAGACCAACCAAUUCCAACAUCUUUGUACGAAUCAGGCUACACUUCUAUAUUGUAUGUAACGAAACAUAAAGCAAACCUUGCAUUUAAGUGUAAAAGCAAUAGUGAAGGUACAGAUUGGUCGUAUUAUAAUCAGAAUGAUAUUUGUGAAAACGAGGAGCAGCAAGACAUACAAUGGUGGAGUCUACCCUAUCCUGGAACGCCAAAUUGCAAAACUGACAUAUUUACACGAAUAACCGUGGGACACCAAUGCAAAAAGUCAACAUGCAAUGUAUUUAAGAAAAUUGAUGUUAGAGAUUUAAGGCAGUGUAUGAUAUCCGCAUGUAAAGAGGGCUACAAUGUAAUCAACUACUGCAGAGAUAAUUCUACAGUUGUAUGCGAAAUUAGAAUAUGUUCUAAAGAUAAUUCGAAUGGUGACUACAACUUCAACUUCUCUUAUGAUCCGACUGGCUUUAGUGUCUAUGGGUUAUACAGUGAUGCCACAUUGGCAGCUCUAACCGUAGACUCAUCUGAGAUUUGUCAUAAUAUUACGAACGAAACUUCUCAUGAUAAUACGGAAGAUACUUGUCUUUUGGAGUUCAAUCCCCCUGCGGAACUGCUUCUAAUAGUAUUUCUUUGUUUUAGUGUAGCAAUUCAUAUUGUGUGUAUAGUAGCUCUGGGAUAACUCCACAGAUGGCGCUGUGAAAAAGGUAGAAGACAAAAAAUCUAUAUUUAAAAUUGGGAUGAUGGUUGCCGAAAAUCAAUGUAAAUCAGUGCCAUUAUGAGUGAAAAAGUCGAGAUCUGGCAUGAAACUUUAUUUAUGUUAUAUGUUCAUAUUUUAAUAAAAAUUAUGUCGACAUUUUAUGGCAGAACAAAAAUAUUUUAGUUCUUGUUGUGGUGGUCUAGAGUUGGAAAUCUAGUGAGAAAUUUGCAAAUUUUCAAUAGAUGGCGGGGAAAACUGGUAAGAACUUUUUAAUUCCAUGGGUGUUCUACUGUUUUUCUUUUCUUGUUUGAAAGGGGACAUAUAGAGCUACACUAUGGUAUAUGUGACUAUAUACCGAAAAUCCUAGUUUAUUCAGAAUCAAGCCAAAUGUUAAUAUGUAGGCCUAUGGAAGAACUUUCAGUGGAGUU